AUGGCACGGAAGCAACCCAUUUAUGAUAUCGGCCCGUUUAAAUCAAGUACAAAAAACACAGACACGCAGUUGAAUGUUUAUGUCUCCAACAAACGCUUUAAAGUCGAUCUCUUUACUUCCAGCUUCGAACCCUCGUCUGGUCUCCUAGCUGAAUAUCUUUGGCACGUUCAACGUCUAGAUCCAGAAUGGAUCCCUGAUGAGUCUGAGGUAGAUGCUGAUGGGGAGUUUGAAGACCCCCUUGAUGAAAUGCAUGAUUGGAUCUUGCAGCCAUUUCUACCAAUCUUCUACGAAAUUGCUCCCCUAGACCCAAGCCAAAAGUACACUCUCGAGGACUGUCUGUUUGCAGAAGAACUGCAUUACACUGUGCAGGUGGUGGGAGACAAGCUAGCUCCUGUGUAUCUCAGCAAUACCAAGAACAUGAAAAACCAUCUCAUCGGGGCCUGUUUACCAUCUUCUGUCGACUACUCGAUGUUUCCUAUCUAUCAUCCUAGAGAAGUCCAGGUUCCUAUUAGUGCAGAUUCAGCUACACUGCCAGGAGUACCUCAAAAAGUAUUCAUUCAUGGGCAACCACAGCCUAGCUUCUUCAAGAUAGUCUACGGGGGUAGCUCCAUCACAAUUGAUGUAUGA